CAAUUACAUAUCCUUCACGCAAAACAUGUUAAUGAUUCUAGUGAGAAAUGCAACUGAGACAAAUGCCCUUCGUGGACGUCUUUCUGGCUGCAUUCAUUAUGAAUCCAGAUUCUGCUAACGACUCCAGGAAACGACCCCGCGAAUCCCCACAGCCAGUGCCGUUUGCGUCAACAUCUGACGAUACGGACCUGAAAAACGUUGACUGGGCAGCACUUGGCAUUGAUCCUGCUGAGAUUGCUGCGCAAAAAGAAUUAGAAGAGCAAUACUCAAAGAGACACCGGAUUCAAACAGAACAGGACGCUGUCUUGGCUAGACGUCUUCAUGAAAUGAUGAAUGGUUCUUCUCAUGACGUUAUGGGAAGUCAACCAGAACCUGAAUCGGAAACGUCAGAAAUCAAUGCCGUUCGACAUCAACAGAAUGAACCUUCAAGCUCCUUUGUCGCUACGGGGACUGGAAAUUUCCCCACCAACAUCGCACCACCACCACAAGAAGUCAAAUUUGAAAGCAUUUCAGUGGCAGAUUCGCCGUUGCCAGUCAAUAGUGAUACGCCUGCGUCGACUGUCAGCACUCCUCCUACGACUUCAAGCACUAGCACUUCAAAUUAUGAUUUAGACGUCAUAGACUUAACAACUCAGGAUGAAGUACUGGCUAAACGGCUUCAGAAUGAAGAGCUGAUGCUAGUCGAAAAUGGACUGAUAGGAAGCAGUUUAGAUACUCCGUUAGUCAUAUCUGAAAAAUCCAGAAGUCCAUCUGCCUCAUCGGCAGAAAACCAGAAUCAUUUUCUCUAUCAAAGUUACAUCAACGGCCUUCAGCAAGGAAAUAGUAACGCGGCAAAUAGAACGGGAAACUCUUCAGAACAAGGUUACAUCAAACUGGACGAGGAUCUGUUCAUGAGAGAUGGCCAACCCAACAGGAUGUUAUUGGCUAAUGGAUAUAUGCAAGCUCUUCAAAAUCUGUUUCAAAGGCAAAAUAGAGCGUCGCUUUUUCCAACGCCUUCUUCAUCCUCCUCAUUGGCCGCCGAAAGCUCUUUAUCCAAUCGUACAGACAAUCGUGUAUCAAGAGAUGAGUCUGAGAAGGAACUUCGCGUACUACUAAAGAGCAUAGAAAACGAUUACAACAUCAAUCUUGAAGACAGAACAGGUACACCAGACGCACUAAUUCCAGCACUGAUGGAGCAUCAAAAGAAAGGUUUGUCUUGGCUGAUCAACAUGGAAGAAGGAUCGAAUAAAGGCGGUCUACUUGCUGAUGACAUGGGACUUGGUAAAACAAUACAAAUGAUUGCAUUGAUACUAUCACGACCGUGUUCCGAUGCAGAUCCGAUCCCUCCUGUACCCAAGUACACUCCGUCAGAAAGGGAGGCGAUACGACAAUCGUUUCAAAGACCCUGUGGGUAUCUUGAUCACAAAAUUCAAGAAAAAGCUAAAGAGAAACAACCAGAAGCUUUAUUGAAGACGAAAAGCACUCUUGUGGUGUGCCCAGUAUCACUUAUUUACCAAUGGCGAGACGAAAUUCUUAGUAAAACCUCUCCCGCUCUCAACGUCGUUUUACAUCAUGGACCCCUACGUGAUGUGGUUCCAGCUGGUCUGGCAUCUGCCGAUGUCGUUCUCACGUCGUACACUUUGCUGGUCUCGGAGUUCGGUUACGAAGAUAUGGAUAGUGGACCACUUUAUAAAAUCCAUUUUCAUCGUGUUGUUUUAGAUGAAGCACAUUGUAUAAAAAACAAAGCAACUCGAUCUGCGAAAGCCUGUGCUGCUAUUCAUGCAACUCAUAGAUGGUGCUUGACGGCCACACCAAUUCAAAACAGAGUGUCAGAUUUAUUUUCCCUCAUUCGCUUUCUAAGAAUCAAACCAUAUCACGAGUGGUCAAGAUUCAGCGCAGAAAUUGAUCUUCCAAUGCUUUCAAAAAACCGGGAUCAUGCAAUGAAGCGCGUUCAGAUUUUAAUGAAAGCUAUCUCUCUUCGGCGUACAAAGGAUGGGACCAUUGAUGGAAAACCGUUACUGGUUCUGCCUGCACGACGUGUCCAUAUCACCCAUGUUGAGUUCAGUGAAGAUGAGCGUAAUUUUUACGACUAUUUGCGGGAAAAGGCGCAAGCUAAGUUUAGCAAGUACUUGAACAGCGGAACAGUUAUGAAACAUUAUUCAAGCGUUUUGGUCUUGAUUUUAAGACUUCGGCAAGCCUGCCUACAUCCUGUUCUCACCACAACGGGUGUUAAUGUUUCCACAAGUGAAACACAGAAGGAAGAGACUUACAGAAGGCGAGCUGCUAUGAUGCAAAGUACGGUGAUUCAGCGGCUGAUUCAGCAGGAGCUAGAGGAGGAAACACCGGAGUGUCCCAUUUGCAUGGAUGUUACCGGUUCCCCAUACCUGAUUACUGAUUGCGGUCAUAGCUUUUGCCAAGAAUGCUUAUUCAAUUUUAUGAAUACAGUUUCGGGCGAAACUGUAAAGGAAUUGAAAUGCCCACAGUGUCGCAUUAGAUUCAAUGAACAUCACCUCAUACCAAUUGAAAUAUUCCAAGAAGUGCACAAUCCACACUUUAAGAAGGCUGAAAAACCGGAUAAGGAUAUUGCUGUGAUGAAACCAAAAGAUUUUGUAUCCAGUACCAAAAUCGAUACCAUGUUGCAGAUUCUGGCCAAAACAAAGGAAGAAAGCAAUGGAAAAGACAAGACGAUCAUCUUCACUCAAUUCACGAACAUGCUUGAUCUCAUUGAAAAGCCAUUGAAGACCGCAGGUUAUAAAUUUGUUCGAUACGAUGGCUCAUUAAAUGUGAAGGCGAAAAACAACGCAGUGCAAACUUUGCGAAAUGAUCCCGAUACGACCAUCAUGCUCACAUCCACUAAGUGUGGAUCACUGGGUCUCAACUUGACAGCUGCCAAUAGGGUGAUUCUUCUGGAUAUUUGGUGGAAUCCUGCUCUUGAGAAUCAAGCUAUCGAUAGAGUUCAUCGAAUUGGCCAAACGAAAGACGUAGAAGUCCAUCGAAUUUUAGUGAAAGACACUAUCGAGGACAAGAUUGUAGACUUGCAAAACAAGAAACAGGCUAUUGCUGAUUCCGCAUUGAACGCUGGUGCCACCAAAGAAUUUAGUAGACUUGGUAUUAAUGAACUACUUCAUCUUUUCCGAGGACCUUAACGCAUUCAACCAACCCCAUCAUUGUACAUUAAAUAAAGCAAAAAUAGGACUAGCAUAAAUUAUACUUAAUAUUCAAAC